GGGCGCCCCACCCCACAGCAAAGGCGGAGCACGGACCGGCGCCCGCUGACACACAGCGAGCCUCCGUCAGCGCGGCUCAAGCCAGACCCACCCUGCGCAGCGACCGAACGCAGGCGGCUCGCACGCUCGGCUCUGAACUCCUGAGCGGGGCGCGCGCACCCCGAGCCCCCUCGCGAGCGCCAAACCCCGCCCGGAGCUCGUCCCUUGACUGGGGGUGCGCAUGCCCAGUCUCCCAACAGGCCGUGCUUUGUUUUUUUGUUUUUUUCCCCCCUCUUCAGCACCACCGUUUCCGGGUCAGAGGUGAAGUUGCUUUACGCACGUGGCUGCGGGGAUAGGUCGUCUCGCUUCUCUAACUUGCAGGGCGCGUGCGGCAGGAGCCAGCAGCGGCUCGGUAGGGACCAGGCUUGUCCCCCACCCCAAAUAUAAAACAUGACAUCCCUCGCCCACCAGCUGAAACGACUCGCUCUCCCUCAGAAUGACCCCAGCCUUUUGUCUCGAAGUGAAGCAGCCUCCUUGCUGUUUGAUUGCAAGGAAGCUGCCAAUAUUGACAGAGACACCUUCUUUGCAAUCGGUUGCACUGGUCUAGAAGAGCUGAUGGGCAUUGAUCCUUCCUUUGAGAUGUUUCAUUCUGCUUUGUUCAGUCUCACAUCAAAGGGUUUGGAGCGCAGUGUUCAGACUAAAGCAGUAAAUAAGCAACUGGAUGAGAAUAUUUCAUCAUUCCUGAUUCAUCUGUCUCCUUACUUCAUGCUUAAACCAGCACAAAAGUGCCUGGAGUGGCUAAUUCACAGGUUUCAUAUCCAUCUUUACAACCAGGACAGUUUGGUUGGUUGUGUUUUGCCGUACCAUGAGACCAAAUUGUUUGUGAGAGUUAUCCAGCUGUUAAAAAUUGAAGACCCAACUCAUAAAUGGAAUUGGUUGCAUCCAAUUAAGAAACCAGGAGUCCCCCUUGCUAGGGGUGCUUUGAUUACACACUGCUAUAAAGAUCUGGGUUUCAUGGAUUUCAUUUGCAGUCUGGUGACAAAAUCUGUAAAGACCUUUUCUGUUCAUCAUGGCAGUGUCUCUCAGUUGAGAGUCCUGUUUACUUUUUAUGCCUCCACCAUCGUGUCUGCUCUUGGGGCUGUAGAGAAGAUUACAGACACUAUAGUCUCCAAACUGCUUCCUUACAUACAAAAGGGUUUGAAAUCCUCUCUAGUGGAUUACAGAGCUGCAACCUACAUGAUCAUCUGCCAGUUGGCAAUGAAAGUGACAAUGGAGACUUCCUUGGUGCAGACCUUGAUGUUACAGAUCAGCAAGAAUUUGACAAAAACACCUUCUGUAGCCAGGGAAGGACUGGCCUGCCUGCUCGUUCUUCUUCAGAACCAAAAGGGAGAGGGUCUUGGGAAAAAGCCAUUUCGCUACCUGUGUAGCAUUCCAGACCUGGUUAUUAUCCUGCAUGGCAUUUCAGCUGCCUAUGACGUCACUCCCCUUCUGCGUUACCUGCUGCCACACCUAGUUUGCUCCAUUAUUGACUCCGCUACUGGUUGGGAAAGUAAGGUACAGCAUAUGGUUUCCUGGCUUGACCAAAGGGGCACAGCAGAGGGGCACGAGGAGUCUGAAGUGAUAGAUAACCAUAUCUAUAGGAGACAUCUAGAAGCCAUACUUACAAGUAUACCACUGGAAAAGGAUUUAGAUCGUUUAUUGGCCUGUAAAUUUCUUGAAGAGUUUAUUUCCUAUGGUGUGGAGAAUGAAUCUGAUUCUACCAAAAUGGCUCUGCUCAAUAAACAACUUCUUCCUCUCAUCAGACUUCUUGAAAGAAAAUAUCCUGAAGCCUUAGACUUGGUACUGGAAGAACAUCUGAAAGAUGUUACAAAUCAGAAUGAGCAAGAUCUUUUCCACCAAUUUAUCUCUCUCUCUGUGAGUGGCAGUAAAUAUCAGUUUCUGGCAGACUCUGAUACCUCUCUGGUACUUAGCCUGAAUCAUCCACAGCCAGCAGUCAGGGUCUUGGCUGUUCAGCAUUUGAAGGAGAUCAUUGAAGCAUCAAAGGAGGGCUUUGACAAGUCCUUCAUAGAAGAAGCCAUUUUUGCACGACUAAUGGAUGACAACGUGGAGGUUGUUAUGACUGCUCUCAGUGCCUUGGAGAUUUUCAAGGGACAAAUCAAUCCAGAAAUAACUGUUUCAAGUCUGUUGACUCUAUUUCAAAGACUAGAUCUUUCAAAGGACAGGAAGUGGUAUAAGGUUCUUGAGGGAGCAAUACACAUUUUAUUCAAAGAAGAGAUUCUGAAUGAGAAAGAAGAGCUAUUAAAUCAAGUAGUAAUGCAGUUGGUACCAUUUAUGGUAAUCACUAAUAAUAAUUCAAAAUCUGCAGAAUGGAAAAUGGCAGUUUGUCUAUCAGAAUCUGGCCUCUGCUCCCUACAUCCUUUGUUGAAAGGCUGGCCAGAAGUUUUUGAAAAAGUGAUCAAAUCUGCAGACUUGAUGGAUUUUGUUGGUGUGGCCAACCAGAAUAUGAUCCUGCUGUUUUCUGAUAACAUAACUUCAGGGGAUCCUUCCUUAAUGUUACAGAUGGUGGAAGGUCUGAUACGUGUAGCUGAAAAUGAAUCUGACAGCGUGAGGCAGAAAGUAACUGCUCACGUAAUCAGCUUUGUGCUUGUCCAGUGCUGCUGUAAAUCACAAAUGGAAGAAAGUUAUUGGUCAUUGGCACUCAGAAUCUUCAGUCUUCUGGAGGGAAAAAUAAGAAAACUCGAAGGCAGUCAUUAUGCAGAAAUGGUUCCUGCAAAAUGGCCUAUCGAGUCAAUGCCUGGGGAGUUGGUGUCAGUCGAGUUGUUGAAUAAAUAUGUAGAAAAGCUCAACGCUGGUCAGGCUGUUGAUGUAGAAGAUUCAGCCAUGCUCAUGCUUCUGUUGAAAAGCUUUGUUAGUGGCCUGAAGCCUCCUGUAUCCUUUCUGAAAGAUGAAACCUGGUGGAAUCCUGAAAGUCUGAAUGAAAAGAGCAGAGAGUAUUUACACCUGUUGUUGUGGCUGUUUGACCUCAUUGUCAGUGGAGCCAGUGAGGGAGCUGAUGCUCUUCAGUUCAGAGCACUGCUGAGUCUUUUAUUCAAGGUACAUUUAGAAGAUUCAGAGGAUCUGUUCAAAUUCCUUUCAGUUUUAUGGACCUAUAACUAUAACCUCUCAAAUCAGCUCAACUACACAGUGAAUGCGAUGCUGCAGACUCAAGCUUUGUAUAUAGGGUGUGCAAUGCUUACAUCACAGGCUGCCAAAAAGAUGAAACAGCUGGUAUCAGCCUCCUCCCCAGUGGUAACAUCUUUGCUGAUGAACUUGGGGAGUCCUGUGAGUGAAGUGCGAAGGGCUGCUCUUAAUUGUCUUCAUUCCCUGAGUGGGAUAAAGGAGUCUCCAUUUCAUCCCAUCCUUCAUAAUCUGAUACAAAAAGCAGAGGAGAUCAUAACUGAUCCCGUUUACGUGACCCAGAGUUUGGGAAGCUUGUUUGAGGAGCUGCAGACCCAAAGUAAACAGAAAUCCCAGCAAAAGAAACUGUUAGAAGCUUUAGAACAUGUACUCGAUUGUAUACGAGCCCCUGGUUGUCCAUCAUAUGUUGCAAGAAGUUUGAUGAAGAUUCUUCAGCAGGUCAAUGGUGAGAUGAUACUGUCUCACCUGUUGCCUGCAAUAGAUAGAUUGCUAGAGAAAGUGCUAAAGGAACCUGAGACAGUAUUGAAAGAUGAAGUUGUUCUUCUGCAUCUCAUCCUUGGGAAAUACAAUGAACAUUCAGCUGCCCUCUUAUGCAAGGAUCAGCAGAGUCUGGAUUUGUUCAUCAGAAGUCUGCACAUUGCAAAGGAGCUUUACAGAGGAAUUCCAACUUUCCAGAUCACAGCGCUUGGGCAGAUCACUAAACCAUUCUUUGCUGCAGUGCCAGAUGGGAAGGUGCAACAGAAGCUACUGAGAGUUAUGUUUGAUUUACUGUUAAAUUGCAAAAACCCACUUUGUGCCCAGGCAAUUAGCAGUGUUUUUAAAGGGAUUUCAGUUGAUGCUAAGCAGAUUAGUGUAGAGCUUGACCCUCCUGAGAGAGAGAAAGCUCUGGCUACCGUUCAGCAAACUAGAAGACAGAAAAUACAGCAGCAGAGAAAACCCCAAGUUCCAGAGUCAGUACCUGAAAUAAGCAGUGUGAACUGGCAGAGAGUUACACUCAUCCUGGAAUUACUGCAGCACAAGAAGAAGGUCAAGCGUCCUCAGGUGCUAGUACCUGCACUUUUUAAUCUGCUGGCCAGAUGCCUGGAAACUUCAACAACAGAACAAGAAAAUAUGGAAUACACAAAGCAGCUAAUCCUAAGCUGUUUGCUAAACAUCUGUCAGAAACUGUCCCCAGAUGGCAGCAGGAUCCAGUCAGAUAUCCUUGAUAAAGAGAAAUUCAAUGUGGAGCUGGUAGUUCAGUGUGUCAGGGUAUCAGAAAUGCCUCAGACACAUCACCACGCGCUGCUACUGCUUGGUACUGCUGCUGGUUUGUUCCCUGACAAAGUUCUCCAUAACAUCAUGCCCAUUUUUACGUUCAUGGGGGCAAACGUCAUGCGUCUAGAUGAUACUUAUAGUUUCCAAAUAAUUAAUAAGACGGUGAAGAUGGUUAUUCCUGCUCUUAUACAGGCUGAAGGAUGUGGCUCUCCAGAGGCUGCACAGAGUGUGGAGGAGGUAGUUAUUAAAAUCAUACACGUGUUCGUGGAUGCCUUGCCUCAUGUGCCGGAGCACAGACGCCUGCCCAUCCUGGCUCAGCUGAUUGAUACGCUGGGAGGGGAACGAUUCCUCUGGGUUCUUUUGGUGCUCCUGUUUGAACAGCAUGUGACCAAAACAGUGACUGCAGCAACCAAUGGAGAAAAGGAUGCUGUUUUGGAAACAGACAUUGAAUUUUGGAUUUCUGUUUGUUGUGCGUUUAGUGUUCAACAUCAAUUCCAGAGCUUGAUGAAAAUAAUCCAGUACUUAACAAAAUUGCCAGAGAACAAAGAAGUGGGGAAUGUUUUAUCAGAUGAUCCUGGACCGAAAAAAUUAACACGCAAGACGAAAACACAAGAUGAAGAAGUGCAGCUUUUUAAUGUGGAGUCUCACUCAGGCAAACAACUGCGACAUUUUAAAUUUUUAUCUGUCUCCUUCAUGGCACAGCUUUUGGCUUCUCAAAGUUUUGUGGAAAAGAUAGUCAAAUGUGAUGGAGCUGAAGAGCUACAGGAGCUGGAGCAGAGAUUAUUAGAAGAAGUUCUUUGCUACAUAAAUGUUGUGGCACACUCAGUGGAAGAAAAUGCAGACAAACCAACUGCAAAGUUUUGGAGGGCUCUGCUCAAUAAGUCUUACGAUAUGCUAGAUAAAGUCAAUGCCUUAUUGCCGACACAGACAUUUAUCCCUGUCAUUAGGGGACUGAUGACCAACCAGCUGCCUUCUGUGAGACGUAAAGCAAUGGAUCUCUUGAACAAUAAAUUGCAGCAGCGCACACGUUGGCAGAAGGCCCAAGUUUGGCAGCUCUUAGAACUAAUUCCAGAGCUAAUCGCUAUUGUACAGCGCAAAAUAAAUGAAGAGGAAGAGGAGCAAGCCAUCAACAGGCAGACUGCUUUGUUCAGCCUCAAAUUACUGUGCAAAUGUUUUGGCACAGACCAUCCAGAGCCUUUUGUGCCUGUUCUGAAAGCCACCAUUGACCUGAUUUCUUCAGAGAGGAAGGAAGAAAGGAAUGUGAUGGGAAGUGCUUUGCUAUGCAUAGCUGAGGUCACCUAUACACUGAAAGCACUAGCAGUACCUCUGCUUCCAAGGCUGAUGCCAGCGUUGCUGAAGACACUAAAACGCAAAAAGGAGCUAGUCUCCAAUGAGAUUUAUUUGCUCAGCGCGGUGACUGCACUGCUGAAAGUUGUGGCAACACUAGCACACUUCCUUAGUCCCUAUCUGUUGGAUGCUUUGCUGCAGGUUGUUCGCUUGGAAAGGAUUGCAGUGGAAAUGGGCCCUUCAUCCCAGCUUAAUCUCCGUCUCUCAUCACUGAAAACUAUGUUAGCUACACAGCUUAGUCCCAGAGUUCUCUUGCCAGCCAUUACCAAGUGUUACAAUGAACUCGCAAAUGCUUGGAAGAACUGCGUGGGUCCCCUUAUGGACAUUCUUAAAGAGCACAUUGCUGUUAUGGAGAGAGACCAGCUCCUCUCCCAUCAGUCUGAGUUGACAGCAUUUUUCAUGAAAGCCCUGGACUUCAGAACAGAGCAUUCACAGGAUGAUCUGGAGGAAGUUGGUAGAACAGAGACUCAUAUUAUUAGCUGUUUAAUUAGCAUGGUCAUGAAGCUUUCUGAGGUUUCUUUCAGACCCCUCUUCUUCAAGUUAUAUGAUUGGUCCAAAUCAGAGGACACCUCAAAGGACAGACUGUUGACAUUCUACCGGUUAGCCGAUUGCAUUGCAGACAAGCUCAAAGGUCUUUUCAGCCUGUUUGCUGGUAAUUUAGUGAAGCCUUUUGCUGACACCCUGAAUCAGAUUAACAUCUCCAAAACUGAUGAAGCUUUCUUUGACUCUGAGAACAGCACUGAAAAAAGCUGCUUAUUGCUGCAGUUCAUACUUGACUGUUUGCACAAAAUCUUCCUCUUUGAUACCCAGCGUUUUGUAAGCAAAGAGAGAGCAGAAACCUUGAUGGUGCCCCUAGUUGACCAGCUAGAAAACAUGCUUGGAGGAGAAGAGAACUUCCAGGAAAGAGUGACCACGCACCUGAUUCCAUGUAUAGCUCAGUUUUCAGUUGCAGUGGCAGAUGAUUCUCUAUGGAAACCACUAAACUACCAGAUUCUGCUGAAGACAAGGCACACAUCACCUAAGGUCCGAUUUGCUACUCUGCUUACUUUAGAAGAACUUGCAGGGAAACUAAAGGAGAACUACAUGGUGCUGUUGCCAGAAUCCAUCCCUUUCUUAGCUGAGUUAAUGGAAGAUGAAUGUGAAGAAGUAGAACACCAAUGCCAGAAGACAAUUCAACAACUGGAAGUUAUUUUAGGAGAACCACUCCACAGCUACUUCUAAGAAGCACCAUUACCUCUUUGUUGUAAAGUCUAAAUCAUGAGAUGUGAAUGUCUGUCUCACAUAAGAGCUAAUAUUGUCCCAAAGUUGUUAUGUCAUGCCAAUUAAGAGUAACACCCUUUUUUAUAGUCGAAAGCUAAGAUCUUGCCUCUACACUGUUCAGGAUCAUGACAAUUUCCACAAUUAUUAAUAAAUUGAAAAUAUUA